GGCUAUGCUAUUCUGCGAAUUGAACUGUCCGUAAAUAUUUAUCCUUCCCCUGCAAAAUUGAUUGAUACAUGCAAAAAUAUUAACGCCAGUCAACCGUCUAGUAAACUAAACUAAAAUGAAACUCUGGUCAAACCUAGAAAAGGAAUAUGACGAAUUGUUCGGAGAAGGGGAGGGCGAGAAAAAAGAGGAUAAAGAAGAAAGCAAAAUGGAAAAUGAUUUUGACGAUAUGUUUGCCGACAUAAAAAAAGAUUUGAAGAAAGUGCCAAAAGAAGAUCUAAUACCGGGCCUGGCCAAUAUUUCAAAAGGAAGCGAUAGCGAGGAGGAAGAAGAAGAGGAUGAAGAAGAAGAUACAAGAAAAGACUUUAAGAAAGGCCAGGCAAUGAAGAAGAAGGGGAGAAAGUGCAAAUUUGGAGAUAAAACAUACGAUGUGGGCGAAAGAUGGAAGGAUCCAGUUACUGGGAAAGACAUGAUAUGUAUAUUGAUGAACGUACCGAAAGACGUGCAAAAUAAGUUGGCAGAAGCAGAUGUGACUAUUACCAAGGAAGAGGCAGAACCUAAGGAAGAGAAGCCUUCAAAGCCUUCGUCAUCGGGACCCCAAUGGGACUAUACAAACAAAAAGUCGAAGAGGAGAGGAUGUCCUUCAGACAAAGAGAGUGAGAUGCCUGACUCUAUUGGCAGUGAAGAAGAGAAGCAAAGUGGCAACAGUACUAACCAGGAGGACCACAAAGAAGAACCUGAAGGUAUAAAUAUAGUUGAUUCAGAUUUACCAGACAAAGGAAUAGACACUCUAGAGAGAGAUGACUCGAUUGAUGACAAACCUGGAGAGGAGGGGGGAGAUUCAACAGAAGAUUCCAACCCAAAAGAAAACAUCGAAAAAGAGUCCGAAGAAAACUCUGAGAAAACAGUUGUUAAUGAAGGAAGAAGUGAAAGACUAGAGAACAGUAGAGAAGCUACAGAAUCAGAGAGCGACACAGAUUCCGAAGAAGAAAGACGUCGGGUUGAUAAAGAAAAUCACAAUUUAGAUGAUUCAGAAUAUGAAGAGGAAGAAGAUAAAACAAAACAUCCAAAUAAUAAACCUGAAGUUAUCGUGACAGCUGACGAUAGAGAAACUGCAGUCGUGCACACGGAUGACCAAAAAAGUAGCGAAUCCACAAAAGAAAUCCCUGAAGAAAAAACACUAAAAGAGAAAGAGGACCUAAAUAAAGAAGAAAAUUCUGAAGUAAAUGAGAGUCAUAAACCAGAAACAGCACCACCGUCAGACGAAGUCCCAGUCAUUCAAGAAAAGGGGAAGACUAUAUAUACGAAAGAAACUACAGUAACACAAAGAAAGUUAUUCAAAACCUCAGAGACGAUAGAAAGCGUAGAGACAGAGAGAAAUGUGGAUUAAAAUAUUUUAAACUCUUAAAUGCUUUUCAAGAAGUCUUCCUUCAUUUUAAAAUGUAAUAUAUAUU